AUGGACAAGGAGAUAGAAACUUGGGUCACCACUUGUACACCCUGCCAAGAAUCCAGGCCAUCACCCCCAGCUGCGAAACCCAGGAAAUGGGAGACACCUACAACACCAUGGGGCCAAAUACAUGUCGACUUCGCUGGGCCCUGCCAGGGACAGACAUUCCUGAUAGUUGUCGACAUGUACUCGAAGUGGCUGGAAGUAAUUCUAAUGCAAUCCACCACAUCGGAGGUAACAAUAAAGGCACUCAGGCACCUAUUCACCACCCAUGGACUACCAGAUGUCCUUGUCUCAGAUAACGGCCUGCAGUUCAACUCAAAACCAUUUGAGGCCUUCCUAGCCGAACUAGGGAUCAGACACGCACUAUCAGCACCUGCUCACCUGGCCACGAACGGCCAAGUGGAGAUAAUGGUUCGGUCCACUAAGGAAACACUACAGCGUAUGGACCAAGAGAACUGGCAGGAGAGGAUUGACAGAAUGCUCCUAGCCCAGCACAUCACACCCCACACUACAACACAACGCAGCCCAGCAGAACUGUUAAUGGGUCGGUGGCUGCACACUGUACUAGACCGGGUCCAUCCAAACUACAGCACAGAAACACCCCCAGACUCCCCAGGGAAAUGCAGACAAUUCACCAUAGGUGACCCGGUCUACGCACACAGUUACACUGGGGGACCAACAUGGGUGCCAGCGAGGGUAGUCGAAAACACAGGGCCAUGGUCCUACAGAGAAGAGACGGAGGAAGGGAAGCUAUGGGAGCGACACAUCAAUCAACUAUGA